CGUUUUGUGUGUGUGAGUGAACUAGAAAUCGUUCGAUUUGUUUUAAAAUCGACAACAAUAACAACUAAACGCGAAAUAAUAUUGUUUCUUAAAAAUAUUUCGCAAUAUAAUUGGCAUAUUGCAUAAGCCGAAUAAAGUGUUAAAGUGAAUUAAAACAUCAGCACAAAAUAUAUCAAAACAAAAAGUAGCUGGCGUCUCACACACACACACACACACAUGCACGCAUAAAUCCACAUACGACACAUACAAGCAUACAAACAACUAAGAGACAAUGAAAAUGCCAAUCGUGAGCUAAAGUCAAAUACGGGCUGAGAAAAGCAAAAACUGUGAUAAUUUUGAGCUGGAAAGCAGUGUACAUACAAAAAAAAACAAAAAUAGCUACAGUUAAAUAAAAUUUGAGACAAAGCAACAACACAAAUAACAGUGAAAUCAGCCGUUUGCAAUAUGGAUAAUAGUAAUAGCAAUAGCAGCGCAGCAGACGCUACAAAAAUGGUCACCUAUACGGAAAGCAACAGAAACAGCUCAGCCGAGACAGCAGCAGCUGCGAGGGAACGCGAUCAGCGCCUGACGCCCGCAUUAGUGUUGUUCACUAGUGCGCCCGGCACGCCCACUACUCCCACGAUAUCGACGCCUACAAAGGAGCUGCAAAAUGCAGAGAUGCUGCGCAGAAUUCGCGAGAAGCUGGUCAAUUCGCCAGUCUGUGAACUUCAGACGCUAAGCCUUGCCGAGCCAUUGAGCUUGAGCAGCAGCAGUGGCGGCUGUGGAGUUGGUGGCGAACAGCCAGUCAAAGUGAUCAAGAACCGUUACCUGAUCAGUGCCCAGCCUAGUCACAUCUCAGCCGCGGCAGCGGCCAAAACGCCCGCCUCUUAUCGCCAUCUCAUCGAUCUGACCUCUUCGAACCUGCAGUGCGUGGACGUCUUUACUGGUGAACAGUUCCUAUGCAAGAUUAUCAACGAGCCGCUGCACAAGGUGCAACGUGCCUACUUCCAACUGCAGCAGGACGAGCAGCUGUGCAAAAGCGUAAUCUAUGGGCAUACGUUAAUACGCGGCGUGCACGACCUUGUGCCGCUGUCCAAGAAUCGCACCUACAUCAUCAUAGCGCCUGUACAUCAAGAAAAGCAACAGCAACAUCCGCAGCAGCAGCAGCAGCAGCAGCAGCAGCAACAGAACCGCGUCUAUGAGAACCUGCAUACGUACAUCAGACAUGAGAAGCGACUUUGCGAAGCGGAGGCGCGCUCUAUUUUCCAUCAGAUCUGCCAGACAGUGCAGGUGUGCCAUCGUAACGGAAUUAUCUUAAGGGAUUUGAAGCUCAAGCGCUUCUAUUUUAUUGAUGAAGCAAGAACCAAAUUGCAGUACGAGUCGCUGGAGGGCUCAAUGAUACUUGAUGGCGACGACGAUACGCUUAGCGACAAGAUCGGCUGCCCGCUGUACACCGCGCCGGAGCUGCUCUGCCCACAGCCCACGUAUCAGGGCAAGCCGGCGGACAUGUGGUCUCUGGGCGUUAUACUCUACACCAUGCUUGUGGGACAGUAUCCGUUCUACGAGAAGGCCAACUGUAAUCUAAUCACGGUGAUCCGUCAUGGCAAUGUCCAAAUACCCAUGACGCUCUCCAAAUCGGUGCGCUGGUUAAUGCUCUCCCUCUUGCGCAAGAACUACACGGAACGCAUGACAGCGUCACAUAUAUUUUUAACACCUUGGCUGCGGGAGCAGCGACCGUUCCACAUGUACCUGCCGGUCGAUGUGGAGAUUGCGGACGACUGGGACGUGGACGGUGAUCGGGAUGAGAUGGAGUGCAUUGACGAUGUGGAGGAGAGCCAACUGUGCUCGCUGGGCGGCAUUAAGCAUGAGCAUGAGUACGAAGACAUUGGCGUGGAGCCACUGGACUACACGCAUAGCACGUUGCAAAUGGCGCAGGCCAGUAGCUCCAGUAGUGUUGGCUCCAGUCAGACUGAUGUCGAUGUGGAUGAGGACAUGGGCUGACCACCGCCAGAGCUGUGCCACUUGGGGCUCGCUCUCUCGUAUACGCUGGCGCGUGAGCUUGACACUUACACUUUGAAACGUUUCAAGCUGCUCCGACCUUUCGGGGCCGAUCCAUGGACUAUUGCCUGCUGCUCUACGACGAUAGCCGAGGCUAAGGCGGCCGCGUUCACUCGCUCACGUCAUCUAAGCAGAGACCUCGAUACUCACAAACCCACACACUCACACACGCAUGCACGCGCGCGCACACACACCAACAAAAAACACAUACACACACAAAAAAGACUUUGUAGCCUCGCUCACUUUACACGUAAUGCGUAUAUAGAUAGAUAUAUGUAUACAAACUCACUGCCUUCCAAUUUAUUGUCGAACUCGAAACUUCAUACAUAAGAAUCCGAGACGCCCGAGUCCCGAGUUAAUUCAACUGCAACUGCAACUGCAACUGAUUCUUCCUAGCGAAACUUAUGUACAAUACAUAUGGUAUAUAUAAUAAUAUUUUGCUGUAAAUUGUUGAUUUUAUCAAUAGAUAGAAAGCAUUAUUUUCAAUGCUUAAGAUGGCAACGAA